CUGCGGAGGGGAGGUGCCGUCGCGAGACUACGAAACCAGAUUCACCGGAGCGCCCUUGCACGAUCGCCCGAUUCCUAGACGUUUUUUCGACCAACUAUGCUUAGGAAUUCCGCUUGUCAAUACAGAUAGCAUCACUGCGAGCUAGAGGAGCAGCUACUGGACGCAAAUUCGGCACAAGGAUUUUGAUGCUGCAGGCUUUGUGCUGCCAAGGCGCGACGUUGGACGUCAAGUUUCCUGGCACGCCGCCGCCGCUCGUGACUGUUAGUCGGGGCGUCAAGAUGCUACUGACUACGCGAGAACUGUGCACGCCGAAGCGCUGAAAACGAAGAAAAGGCACUGCGCACUCGAAUUGCUCAACACCCAACCGCCCUCGCGCAUCGAGGUCCGCGCGCCACUUCUCCCAGAUUGCGCACCGACAACCCAGUUCGGGAGCGACGGCCCUGCGAUAUCUAACGGCCGAAAGGAACAAAACGACGAACCCAUUUCGCGAUCAUUUCUUUUUUUUUUUUCCCUUCGUUCCCGUCGCAUCUUGUGAAGCAGCCGGAAGCUGCGGAGAUCCGCGCAAGACUGAGCAGUGCUGAAGUGGAGCGCUGGUGCAAAGCGAAAGCUGCGAUAUCACGUCGGAAGACCAACCGAAACGCGCGAACGUCGCAUGGGCUCUACGUGCGCGCUCUAUCAGUGCUGUAGUGCGUGUUGUUGCUACAGCUGGUGCCGUCGCUUGACCGAUGACGUGCGUUCCUGACGGUCCGGCAGUCGGGUGUUGUUGAUCGGUGGCGCACACCGGCCGUUCGGCUCAUGUCAGGCGCUGCGGACGUUUCGAGUUUCGCGAUAAGGACUAAAACGGUUGUCUAGGUGGCGAACGAGGCCAUUCUUGCGCGCAGUGCAUCGUUUUCUCAUUUGUGCACUCUUGCGCGGUGCAUCGAGGUGGAGCGGUGGUGGCGGCAGCCGCAUUGGAUCGCCGUAGAAGAGACGCACCUCCCUCGGGCUGCUGCACCCUGAGGCUGGUCCGCAGGAUGGGUGCACUAGUGAGCAGCUUCUUUCAGACGGGGGGACACUUGUUGUCGCCAGGUGCAUCUGAGAGUACUCGGCGAGUCAUCCUGGAGCUACUCGAGGAGAUGCGUUCUAGGGAGGCAUCUCACAUUCACUGGUCAUCGAUAGAAAGUUACCUCGUACAGAUACCAAAGGGUGAAAACGUCUUGUCAGUGGUGGGUCCGGACAACUACAACCUGCUUCAACGUGCCAUUGGCUUCAACUGUGUUGAACUGGUGCGCUGGAUUCUGGGGCGAGGCUGUGAUGUGAACCGAGGCGUUUGCAGCCUGCCACUGCACAUUGCUGCCCUGCAAGGCAAUGAAGAAAUUGUUGAGCUGCUGCUAAAACAUGGAGCUCGUGUUGACACUGAGGCACGGAUGUGCUUCCCAGGUCCGCAUAAUCAGGUGUGUGAGCUUUGCAGUUCAGUGGGAGGCACUGGGCCCUCUUCUGACCGCUACUCUGAGCGCCUUCAAUCUGCAGAGUACUAUGCCAUUGACGGCGACCAUUCAGACAUCUUGGAGCUCUUGUUGGCUCAAGGGGAAGACAGCUGGCUGCCCUGGCAGCAGAAGCGGCCCUUGCUGCAUCUGGCCUGCGAGCGGGGUGCCUGGAAUUGUGUUCGCUUCCUAGUUGCCGAACGCUCCGAGGAGCUCAAUCAGUGUUAUGACGAGUACUACCCCAUCCACCAGGCUGCGCUUCAGGACAAGAAGUUCUUGGAGUUGCUCAUACAGUGUGGGGCCGAAGUGAGUGCUCGCACAACGACUCAGCAGCUGACUGUGCUCCACGUGGUGCUUUUGCUGGGGAAGAAGUCUGCCGAGGAGACACUAUCGGUGCUGAGGGCCCUGCAGGACCAUGGCUGCCGCGAACUUCUCAAUGAGCCCGACAGCCUGGGCAACACACCUCUGCACGUGCUGAUUGUGCGCUACGCGUUGGAGGAGUCUCGACUUGGCUACCAAGAACCUCGCCCGUGGACUAAGUGGGACAUGCUUCAUUUAGUGCGCUACCUGCUACAGAGCGGUGCUGGGCCUAGUAUCAAUCGACCGGGGAACAGUGCAUUGGCGUGCGUUCUUCGCCACGUUCGCGACUGGGAGUUCCGUUACGAACUGCUGGACAUGCUCCUCCAAACUGGUGGCGAUCCGAACUGUGUCGGUCGCGACGGAUCGGCGCCACUCAUGGUUUGUCUGGUGCCUCUCAUCAACAAGGAUCCACUGCAUUCUCUCUCUCACAACAAGAAGGUGUUCUACCUCAACUCGGUGCGUUUGCUGUGCCGGUACGGGGCAAACCCGAACUGCAAGUCGCGCAGCAACCUGACUCCCAUGCAUGUGCUGGUUUUCACGGCUAGUGAGUACAUUACGUUGAACCGGGAGGACGACAAGCGCAGUGCGUUCACCUUCAUCCGACAGCUGUUGACAGUGCUUCUUCAGCACGGACUGGACCCCAAUGCCCGCUUCUCGCAACGAAUGCAGCACAUCUUGCUGGCUCUGUUGGACUUGGUGCAAAACGCGAGGCUCCCGUCGGACUUAGAACACGUGCACGCGCUAACUCUCGCACUCCUCGUGCACGGUGCAGACCCGGACGUGCAAGUCAGCUCGUCAGACCCAGUCAUUUGUCACUCGCAGAGCUCUGUGUUCCUCAAGAAAGCUUCUAGCCAGGUCCUACACUAUUACAUCCAUCAACUGAGCCGCAAACACGACCUCCUCAAUGACCCCGAGCAGCGCUUUGCCGACCUCAUCCGACUGUUCUACUACACCAUGGACCAUCGCAAGCUCUACAGUUGUCUCAAGAGUUUUCUGAGCCAGCCGGCCAUGUUGCCUCCAGUGACUGCUGGUUGCAUCACACAGCUGCUCAAGUCCAUGUACAGCCAGCCACGCUCGCUCAAGCAGAUAGCCCGAGUUGCCAUACACCAGGCCCUGCGACACCAGGUUGCCACGCUGGUGGGAAAACUCUCGCUCCCAGGACCUUUAAAGGAGUACUUGCUCCUCGACUGGACGCCUUAAAGCUAGCACACUUGGCGACAUGAUUGCCAUAGCAGUGGUGCGGUGUUUUGUCUCUGCCUUCUCAGCGUGAAAGAAUUACGGUGUGUAUACACGAGGACAGUUAACAAAGAUUCACAGACAACACGUGCAGGCACUGUGUGGUUUGUCAGCUGCACGGCUUUGCCGUUAUCUGUUUGCACUGCAAUUUGUUUGUUUUUAGUGUGUGGUACACAGUCCAUGAAAGAGAACUGUUGGAUCUCUCUGUAUGUAUGUGGUCAAGCGUGGCCUUCUCUCGUCCCUAUACUUCCCUCCUGUGUUGUUGCUUUUUUUUUUUCCCGCUGAAGUAAGAAAGUUCGUGCUUCAAUUCUGGCUGCGUUGAAAAGUUUCCUUAUGCUUCUGACCUCUCGUGUAUCUCUUUUUCAGUGCUUUUUUAUCUUGUGCUUGAUGCUCUUUCGUCAGUUCCCUCAUUUCCUGCCAUGGAGGCAAAAUGCAAACAAUAUAGGUGUAAUUACAAAGCAAUAUUUUUUGCUUAACUACCCUAAACAGAUUGAGCUUGUGCAAUGACGUGUGGUGCAUACUAUCGGUUUUUAUGAUCAAUUUGAGGCUUGUACCAACUUGUAAGUCACUGCUUGAAAUCUUACUGUCGAGUUUUGACCUGUUACAGGGGUGCUGCCUUGCGAUUUCCUAUUAACGUCUAACAUCCACAAGAGUGGAUGAUCUUUUAUGCAUGCAUUGCAAAAGGAGCCACUUCUGACAGAGGAGCAAUAUGAUGCCACAAUAUGGUGCCAAGUACUGCUGUGUUUGAAUGUUACGCACAAAGCAACUGAAAGGUUAUUGAACUGGAAAAAGAAGUAUUCAAGCUGCAGGAAGUUGAGGGGUAAAAACACAGGUCCACGAGGAAAUGAAAGCAUGUUUGUGUUGUCUGUUCUGUUCCUUUUUGCGUUCACGUUUUCAUUCAGUAACAUCUCUCGAUUAUUGGUUCAGUUUUCUUGGCUGCCCAAUAUGUUUACAGUGAUGGAUGCAAAAUGAAAGCAUCAAAUGCGAAAAAGUUUCGAAAGGGGCCAUUUAGAGGGAGUGAACAGCCAUGGUGUCACAUUUCUCAUGAAAGCCUUCUCACUUUAGAUUUCAAGAGAUAUCGUUGUUUAACAGGUGCAUUUAGAUUUUACUGUUACACAAUCUUGAGUAUAGUUAUACUUCUUGUAAUCACGCAUAGCUCAGUCUUGUUACGAUGCAGAGAUGUUGCGGCAACAGGCGUCUCAUUAAAUAAGUUGGAAAACAACACGCCAAGAAUAAUGAAGCUCUGUGAAGGGAGUAAAACUGCAUAAACCUAUGCAGUGGCAGAAAAUCUGCCCUUUGUAUAAUUUCUUAUGCAUACAAUAAACAUAUUACAUAUCCUUACUGUAUAUUUAACACAAGCAAAAUUGAAACAAAUCAAUUUCCUGCAAACAUUUGACAUUCCGUGGGUCAUAUUGGCAGAAAGAAAACAGUGUCAAAACUUUUCUUCCCUGUAUUAUUCUUCACACGUUGCAGGCAAAGAGGUGAAAUAUUAAGCACUGACAAGACUAGCAUUGUGAUUAAUACUGCAAGUGCUAAAGGGCGAACACUGCAAUGUAAUCAGAAAAAAAGCUUGGAGACGUAAAUUUACAAAAGCAUUUGUAUUUCAGGGGAACAUUAAAGUGUUAUAAAGAAUUUAGAGGUAAAGAUAGAUUGUUUGUGAAGAAAAAAAAUGUAUAACAACAAUCAUUAGUGAAAGGUGUUGCUCGAGCACUGGAGAAUUGUUUAAUAAUGGGUGUGAGGCUAUGCAACAUUGUGGGCGCCAGUGCAGGAUAUGCUUCAGUACUGGACCUUAGAAAAAACUUCUACAGGGUACUACUUCUACAUGCGAAGAUUCGAGAACUUGAGAUGUUAAUGACAGGUUCAACACCUUUAAAAUGCCUGAAGUUAUCAGUGCAUAAAAAAACUGUUACUGAAGAGUACUGAUGUGUAAUGAAGGUACUUUAUUAGGCAUGUUCUAUUCAGAUUUAACUGUAUGAUCCAGAAAAAUGUGCCUUUGUUUAUUGAUCAUGGUACUGGACGACACAAUAGCAUGUUAUGCAUAAUUCAGAUCUGCAUCGCUUCCUCCCAGUAAUGAACUUAUGAGCAGGUUUCAAUCAAACACUGUUGUGUGCUUAUUUGUAUUGACACUGGUGCACUGUAGAUGCUUUAACUUCUUGUGCAGUUAGCUCUGCAGUGGUUUUUUCAUCAUGGUACAAUACCAAACAAAAUAGAAAAGUUUUGUUCUCUUUCUCGUACGAGCUUACUGAAAUGUCCAGAGGGCAGAACCAAGCAUUAUGCUUUUUCUAUAUUGCUGUAGUAUGUGCAGUAAGGUUGACAGAAAUUUCACAGCAGGACCUGGAAACGUACAAUAAUAAAAAUUUUUCAUUUUAUGUUUCUCAAGUUAUCAAAUUUAAUAUUCUUAGAGGAAGUGCUUAGAAUGUCAAGAAGUUAAGCUAGCCUAUAAGGAUUCAUAAUGUGAGAGGGUAAGAUGUGACACACACAGACACAAAACAAAUGCAUUGCUUGCGCACGUAUGCAUGUAGCUUGAUCUCGUUUUUUUUUUUUUCUCCUUCAAUCUCGCUCCCACAUUUGAGAUGUCAUGUCAACUACCUCGCUUCCUAACACCUGAAUGCCCAUUCGCUUCCUGGCACUGACUAAAAAUGUGUAACCUAGGUGGUGUGACAACCAACGCAGCUUGCAAGUGCAAAAUGCAUUUCUGAGGUUGACCAGGUUACCACGUUAACUAUGCAGGACUGUUCUGCACUGCUUGAUUCCUUAAAUAAAGGGCUCAGUCAAGUGACUUGGCAGCAAGUUCCUCGAAACUUGUCUCACAUGUCUUUGUAGGCCAUGCUUGGUAUUUUAGUGUCUAUCCUAACUGAUGGAGAAGCAAUUCAUUAUCAUGAUACUACUGCCAUGGUGGGCAUUUGGAUGCUGUAGAUUGGCGAGAGGCUAUUUAGUGGGAUGCCACGCUUCCCAGCGAAUGUGUCGUGCAACUUGUACAGUAUGCCUUGUGGUCGGCGCUGGUUCACCUUGCAUCUCUUGGUUCUACCCUCUUCCCACGUGUUUCAACUGCCACAGUUGUGUUUUGAAAAGCUCUUUCCAAAACAAACUUAUGUUUGGUCUUUUCACCUCAAACACUGCAUUUCGUGUGUGUAUUCGUAAAGGAAUACGAAGGGCAAAGAUUGAAUCAAUCUGUAACAUUGCUACCAUGCUAGAAACAUGGUUUCUUAUGUGUUGUUAAAUUUCUUAUCAGCCAUCCCAAGCUAUGCCAGCUCUUUAGGAAGCCAGGUACUUCAGAGAGCUAUUGCCUGCAUUGAGUCAUCGAACUGCAAACCCCCAUUUGGUGCCGCAUUGCUACAAAGGUGCCAACAGAGUAGUGCAAGGAGGUUACAGCAAGUUUCUAUCUAUUAAAAUCCAAUUAACCUGGCCCAACUGUAAUCUGUUUCUCUUUGAAAUGCAAGUUCCUUAUUUUUCCGGAAGUUGUCUAUUGGUGGUGAACACUUACUCUGUUUUGGCAUUGUGCAAGGCUAGCAUAAAUUAUUUAUUCAUCUUGGAAAGGCUAUAUUUUCAAAAGUAUUGAACAGGCACAGAUGAAAUAUACAUGAAAAGAAACGCUUACUCACCAAGUUUCUGUUGUGUCUUGCAUGUGGCACCACCACCACUACAGCAAUCCUUAGUCGAGUUCAAAGAACGCAUCAGUGCUGCAGUGCAGACAACUGACAGGACUGCAUUACGAAAUGUAUGGAAUGAGCAAGAUUGUUGUCUGUCUAGACAUGUGUGACCAUACGGGCAUGUAUUGAAUGUUUGUAGAGGGUGUAUUAACAAGGCAAAUUUGUGUUUCUUUUUGUAUAUCUUUCAUGUGUGUGCGUGUAAUAGUUUCGAAAGUAUAGCCUUUUCAAACGACUGAACCAAUUAUACUGGCACCGUAUUUCUAAUCAUGUACCAGUCCUGUCCCACACUUAUGCCAUUUUCUGGCUCAUGAAAGCUUUGUGCACAGUGUGAUGAAUGGCAUAGACCUUCCGUAUGAAUCCCCCAUUUCUACAGCUUGAUUUAAUUUUUGCCUUUGGUACCUGGUCUGAAAGGUUUAUAUCUGGAGCAGCUAGCAACGCUGCAAGUGAAGUGUUUACAGAAUAUGUCGUAGUUCUACGCACCUCUGGUGGCACAAGCAGGAAACUUGGAAGUGCAUGGCAUGUACUCUGUGCUCUGGACACACAGACUACAACUCGUGGCACUGAGUCACAUCUAAACAACAGACAAAAAAAAAAUAUGCGCCACGUCAUGCAUCACCAAAUCUUAGGAUGCAACGUGCCACCAUUUUGUAAAGUGCAAUGUGUCCAGUGUUUUGCAUGUUUGCAUACACUUUCUACACAGUGCACACUUUCUUCUAUUCUCAUGUUUAUGAUUGAAGGGCUUGCACUUUCAUUCAUGCAUAUAUAUACCUGUAACAUGGCUGUUAUGGCCUCAAACGUACGUCAAACACUGCCACAACCGUAAAACCGGAUGGUUUCUAUGUGUACAUAAUGUGCAGCAUGUUCUGCUGGACAGUGCAAAAGUGGUAAACCGACGAAUCAAGUCGUAAUGCAAGUGUUUAGAGACUUGUGUAGUCUCUCUCUGGUUAGGAAGAAGUGUGUGUGUGUGUGUGCCCUUCGUAGCAUUUCUCUCUCUUCUGGCAAGGCACAUGACAUGAAAAGCUUUUUCAGCUUGUGAACCUUACAGAAAUCCUGAAAUAAUUCCUCUGUGAAACUGUACAUUGAUAGCCAAAAUGAUGGUGUGAUUGCCCAAACUGGAUUUGGCGGUUUCCAUCAGCACGUGCUCAUUUUGCACUGUCGGCACCAGAAAAAAAAAAAUUUGCAUUUUCUUGAGUUUAAUAGUACUGUUAGUAUUUAUACUGGGCCCAUGAACGCUCUCCAACAGGAGAAAGACGAAGCUGUGGACUUGUAUCCUCUACAAUUUUGGUGUUGAACAUACCUCUUUGAAUAUACCUAUAUUCAAGUUUGAAUCGCUUUUCAUCUUGAACAGGCUGUUACCUAGAAAAGUCCUCUUUUGUCGAUUUCGUUCUGUAUCGCUAAAGCAGAGCUGUGUAUUGGUUUACUAGCGUAAUUUUGAUGCAUUGUGGUUCCCUGUUUAUGUAAUAGCUGUUGUGCCUAGUUUGAGGCUUGGCGAGAGUAAGGCUGCGUGUGAACGUCAUGGAUAAAAAAGCUGGCAGAGUGGUUUUUCUGUCAUCUUCUCAAUAUUAUAACAGAGUUUAUGCUGUGAUCUCUGUGUGCUUUAAAAAUGCCAUUCAGCAAUGUCAUUUCACUUAAGAUUUCACUGAAACUGUCAACGAGAGGGUGCUUACCGCACAUAUUUCAAUUCAGUGAGGCCCUUUAUGUAUUGUCUUGUUGCCAGCAUUGCAAAAUCUAGCUGUGAUGUUAGCCCCUCGAGAAUGUCUUUUGCACUUUAGUGGUGAUAAAAAAAAAAAAAAACAAGGUAUACUUCAUAAAGUUCUAAAGAGGAAUGUCAUUUGAGCUCUAUCAGACUACCCUUCAAUAUUUAAGAACAGAAAAGGAAAAUGUCUCUCAUAUCAAUAGGGAAGCAAAUGAGAAAAUGUGCAAAGAAAACGUGUAGGUGUUUUAAAAUACUAUCUGCACUAGCUGUGACAUCAUGAAUUUUGAGGGCGUUUGCUCAGGCCAACACAACUUGAUUGGUAAACUAGACUGAGAUUCUAAAUGUGCCAGAGACCGACGUUUGGUGUUUAGGAAGUCUUAGAAAUGUUUACUGUGCCAUAAUAGCAUAAGCUCGAGAAUGUGUGAUGUUGCAGUAAUUUGGGGUCUGUAACCUCUUGCUGAAAGAUGAACAGUUGAAAAGAAAAAAUACAAUAUUGGUCAAGACUGAUUAGGAACUUCUUGACAGUGCCCCUACAACUUGCAAGGGUCCCCUUCUUGCAUGGGUUACAAUAAAAAGACGGUUAAAUUGCA